AAAUUAAAUAUAAUUAUAAUCAAUUUCUACGUGUCAGUCAUCCACGAAGUAGCGGUACUCGAUUUCUACGGCUCAAAAGCUUUUCUCAAUGAACAUAAGAGCAAGUAUAGGAGAGAUGGCAGCUCUACUCAUCGCGUGUAAUGUGAAAUUUUACCGCCACAACCCUCAAAAUUCAACUCCGCCUUCCAGGAACUGACGUAUCUCGGCGGACAACGCUGACGUAGACCCAGUCGUUGGGAAGCUGACUCAAUAUGGAUGUUGAUUUCUGGCCUUCAAGAGUCCAUUCUAAGCACCUCUCUGCUGCGCAAGCUGCUAGAUACAACUCUGCAGAUCAUUUGGCAAUGGAUGAUUCAGAUGGAGAUGAGGAUACAAGAGCAUACUUUCCAUGCCCCUUCUGCUAUGUAGACAUUGAAGUCCAUGUUCUCUGCAGCCAUCUGCAGAAUGAACACUGCUUUGACUUAAAAAAUGCAGUGUGUCCACUUUGUGGGGCAAAUUUGGGGAAAGAUGUGAUUGGGCAUUUUAUUGUACAACAUGCAAGUUCAUUGAAGCGCAGGAGAAAGGCUCUAAAAUUUGGUCUCUGGACUGGUAGUUCAUCUGUGAUUAGCAAGGAACUUAGCUCAUUUCUUGGAUCUUCAGCAAAUGGUAGGGCAAACACAAAUGAAUCUGCUCCAGAUACUCUUCUCUCUCCAUUUCUUGGCAGUGGAAGCCAUUCACACCUGCAAGGAAGCCAGCAAGGUGAAUCUUCCAAUAGAACAGCCCAUUCAGAAAGCACUGCGAUAUAUUCACGUGAUGGAGGUGAAGCAGUGGACUCUGAAGAGAGGAGGCUGAGAGCAGCAUUUGUUCAACAGUUGAUUUCCUCAACCAUCUUCUAAAGCCUUCUUAGUUUUCCACGUGAAUAUACAAAAAAUUGCAUCACUCAUCGUUUACCACCUAGGAAUGAUGCAACAUCUACUUGGUUUGGGGGGGUGUUCACUACAGGAACAUGGUUUUAGGAAACGUAUACUAGGAAUAAUAUUCCUGGAGUGGAUAGUGAACGGCAAAUAAGUGGGGAAUCAAACACACAUUGUAUUUAAUGCCUCUACAUGUAUGUAGCUUCUUUAAAAACUACAUUUAUCUAAUGAAUACCAAGUAGAAAACUGAUCAGUUGGUACUUUGCUAAA